ACCGGGGCAAUCAGGAAAUUGUUGUUGAGCAUGGCCUUUAUUAGGGGAAGAAAUUACCGGCUAAUACUUAAGAAUCUACAUUGACGAGCGGCUAGCCUGUAGUACCCCGGGUGCUUCUAGGAAGAAGUGCAUGGACGCUGUGCACACCCCGCCACUUCUCUUAAUAGCUCUCUAACCUAGACAAUAUACACCAAAUAACUACACCUCGCAACCCAUCCAACAAAUCUUUCCUUCUUCCUCUUACAAAGAUCCUCAGCGAAGACCGACAAAAUGUCCACACCAUCAAACCCCAAAGUAACCCUCUACACCUACUUCCGCUCCUCCUGCUCCGCACGCCUCCGCAUCGCCCUCGCCCUCAAAUCCAUCCCAUACACCUCGAUCCCAAUCAACCUACUCAAGGGAGAACAAUCCAGCCCCCAGAACACAACGGUGAACCCCUCCGCCACGGUUCCAACCCUCAUAAUCGAACAACCCAACCAGCCGGCAACCACAAUAACCCAAUCCCUCGCCGCCCUCGAAUACCUCGACGAAGCCUUCCCCAACACCCCCCAACUCCUCCCACCACCCUCCAACCCCACCCUCCGAGCCCUCGUCCGCACCCUCUCCUCAAUAAUCUCCUGCGACAUCCAACCCGUGACAAACCUCCGCAUCCUGAAACGCGUGGCCCCAUUCGGCGUCGACCGCGCCGCGUGGUCCAAGGAUCUAAUCGAGGACGGGUUCGCAGCUUACGAGGCUCUUGCGUCGCAAUCUGCUGGGAAAUUUAGCGUUGGGGAUGCUAUCACAUUGGCGGACUUGUGUCUGAUCCCUGCGGUUUGGGGUGCGGAGCGCGCCGGGGUGGAUUUGGCGAGGUUUCCUACUAUUAAGCGUGUUGCGGAGGCGUUGGAGAGGGAGGAUUCUGUUCGGGAGGGGCAUUGGACGACGCAGGCGGAUACGCCGGAGGAGUUUAGGACUUAGGUAGAUAUAUGGUACCUACCUUAUAGGUAGGAAGAUGCCUGUCUAGGUUAAGAGGCUUAGUUUGGGUGUAUGAGAGUGCUAUUGUUCAAGUUCCAAAGUCUUUUGUCACUAUACUUAACAAAGGCUGGUCUAUCACGCGGCAAGACGCAGUAGUUAAGGCCAGUUGAGUUUAAUUAAGCAGUUCAUUUAUGACAACAAAAGAGAAGGCUUGGGGAGAAACGACAAAAAAAAAAACAAAAAAUACAAAAAAUGGUCCCAGAGGGGGUCGAACCCUCGACUUUCGCGUUAUUAGCACGACACUCUAACCGACU